AUGUGUGGUAACGGCCAUUCGCUUGGGUGCAAUAGUCGAUUCGUGAAAACAGAGAUUAAGAAUAAAAUGACACUAAAUAAAAUGACACUACUUUCGCUUCCCUGUGAAAUCCGAGAGCAGGUAGACAAGAAAUAUAUUAACGAUUGGAUAUCGCUUACAUUACUUGAAGUGCUGGGAGAUGAAUACGCCACUGUCUCUUUCGACCUAUACUAUUGGCUUUUCAACAAGAAGUAUUCUCCUAAUACGAUCAACCUCGCUUUUGUUCAUGAUUCACUGGAAAGUGUUUUAUGUCAAUACAAUAUUAGGGGAACAACAAUUGUCAAAGAGCUAGAGAGAAGACUGCUUCUAAACUAUCUCGGCGAAAUCGGCCCUUUGGAAAAGCAGGAGACUGCGAAAAAACUUGAGUAUGCGAUUUCGCAACUUGGCCAACAAGAAUCAAACAAUGCAAGUGUCCCAUUAGAGCUCUGUGUCGUGUCAACAACGCAGCUUACAGCGAUGAAUAGGCAAAAAUGCUAUAACUACAUCACAAAUUUGCUUUCGCAGCUCUUAAACGGAGAUGAAAUGAUCGUCGCACGGCUUAGGGUAAUGAGUAUUCUCUACCCAGAUGUGCCACGCGAUGUUGACAUGAUAGUUCUUUCCCAGAAGCUGAAAAAUGAUUUGGGAGUUGAAGCAGAGCGGUUUGUUGCUUCUCUUCAGCAUUUUAUCAUGAAGGGAAAAUACGCCUAUCAAGUGAAGAAAGAGUACCUCUAA